UAAAUAAUUAAAUCAUACACCAUUAAAACGUAGUAUACCACACAAAUUCUAUACUAAAAGUGGGGUACUUUUAUAUAAACGGAAAUACACUGAUUUGACUCACAAUUUUAUGUAUUGCUACUGAACGUUGUUUCCGAUCCUUCUUCUGUGUCUAGCGAAACAGAAUGACCUGCAAACGCAGAAACGGUGGACGUGCCAAGCAUGGUCGCGGCCAUGUAAAUCCUGUUCGCUGUACUAACUGUGCACGAUGUGUACCAAAAGACAAAGCCAUCAAGAAGUUUGUUAUUCGUAACAUUGUAGAAGCAGCUGCAGUAAGAGAUAUAACCGAAGCUAGCUUCUAUUCUGCAUACCAGCUUCCAAAAUUAUAUGCUAAGCUGCACUACUGUGUUUCUUGCGCUAUUCACUCUAAAGUGGUUCGCAAUAGAUCUAAAGCAAACCGUCGCAUCAGAACUCCACCAGUUCGCAAUUUCCCAAGGGAUCUUCGUCAGGGUCAACAGAACAGGAAAUAAUUUUAUUAUGUAAAUUUUAAAUAAAAAUAAUAAAAUCAA